UUCGGCUUGCUUAUAAGGAAUGAUGGGGACUUCAACACUAGUUUGCGCUCCGAUAAUGGCGGAAACGGUUCGCAAGAUGGUGAGUGAUAUGGGCAAGGCAACAGCCCUUGGUGCUGAUCUAGUGGAGAUUAGAUUGGAUUAUUUGAAGGUCUUCAAUAGCAAUGAAGAUCUUAAGACCCUAAUUAAAGAAUCCCCUUUGCCAACUCUUUUCACUUAUAGACCAAAGUGGCAAGGUGGUCAGUAUGAUGGUGAUGAAAAACAUCGACUGGAUGCUCUUCGAUUAGCGAUGGAGCUUGGAGCUGAUUACGUUGAUGUCGAGUUUCAGGUUGCUCAUGAAUUCAUCGACUCCAUAUAUGGAAAGAAGCCUGACAAGUUUAAAGCUAUUGUUUCUUCUCACAACUAUCAAGAUACUCCAUCUGUCGAGGAUCUCAGAGAUCUUGUUGCUAGAAUGCAAGCCACUGGAGCUGACAUAGUCAGCAUCACAACCACUGCCUUGGAUAUUACUGACGUAGCACGCAUUUUUCAGAUAACUGUGCAUUCUCAAGUCCCAGUAAUAGGACUUGCAAUGGGUGAGAGGGGCUUGAUUUCUCGGAUACUCUGCGCAAAAUUUGGUGGUUACCUUACUUCUGGUACACUCGAUUCAGGAAUUGUUUCAGUUCCUGGAGAACCUGCCAUCAAGGAUAUAUUACAUGUAUACAACUUCAGACUGAUAAGACCUGGUACAAAACUGUUUGGUGUUAUUGGAAAGCCUAUCAGCCACAGCAAAUCUCCUCUUCUCUACAAUGAAGGAUUCAAGUCAGUAGGUUUCGAUGGAGUUUAUCUACAUCUUUUGGUAGAUGACAUUGCAAAUUUUCUCCGUACUUACUCAUCAACUGACUUUUCUGGAUUCAGCGUUGGAAUUCCUCACAAGGAAGCUGCAGUUAAGUGCUGUGAUGAGGUUGAUCCAGUUGCCAAGUCAAUAGGAGCUGUUAACUGCAUUGUAAGGAGGCCAACUGAUGGGAAGUUAUUUGGCUUAAAUACUGACUAUUUUGGGUCUAUUUCUGCUAUCGAGGAUGGACUUCGAGGUUCACAUGAUAGAGGCAAUACCACUGGUUCACCUUUAGCUGGUAGGUUGUUUGUUGUCAUGGGUGCCGGAGGUGCUGGAAAGGCGCUUGCUUAUGGUGCAAAGCAGAAGGGAGCUAGAAUUGUUAUUAUUGCCGACCGCGAAUAUGAUCGAGCCAGAAAACUUGCAGACGAAGUUGGAGGAGAUGCUUUGUCUUUUGCUGAAUUAGAAAAUUUCCACCCAGAGGACGGCACGGUUCUUGCAAAUGCAACACCUGUCGGAAUGCAACCGAAUAUUGAUGAGACACCUAUUCCUAAGCAUGCUCUGAGAUCAUAUUCGUUGGUGUUUGAUGCCGUUUACAACCCCAAAAUGACUAGACUUUUGAGCGAAGCUGCGGAGUCCGGUGUCACAGUUGUUAGUGGGGUUGAGAUGCUCAUUGGACAGGCAUAUGAACAGUUUGAGAGGUUCACCGGAUUGCCUGCACCAAAGGAACUGUUUAGGAAAGUUAUGGAAAAUUGCCUUUGAGGUUUGCUUGCUUCUGCUGUGUGCUGGUCCCUCUCAUCAUGUCUUUGAUGGAGUCAUUGAGGCCAGCAGAUCGGCACUGUUUGUGAUGAUUCCCUUGCAUGGGGUGUUUCUGAGCAAUAAGCAGGGUUGCUUUUAUUAUUUGUUAAUGAGUUUUCCUCGCUCCAUCGAGGCUCAGUUGAGAAAUAAUGUAGAAGAUUUGUGAUGAUUCCCUUGCAUGGGGUGUUUCUGAGCAAUAAGGGUUCUGUCACCUCAAUCUGGUGUCUGUAACAUUGCUUUUAUUAUUUGUUAACGAGUUUUCCUCGCUCCAUCGAGGUUCAGUUGAGAAAUAAUGUAGACAAUUUGUGUGAUUCGUGCCUUGGAUCACUCUUCACUUGAGAAUAUUGACAAAUUUAUUUGAAGGUACUGUUUGAGCAA